AUGGGGUUGAUCGGAGUCAUGGGUGCCCUGGGGCUAUUGUUGCUGGGUGCAAUGGGUGCAGACGACCCAUUGAUCUUGCGGGAUGAUGCAGGCCAUCUGCAUAUCCAGAGCGGGGCCGCGGGCACCGUGCUUGUGCAGCAUGUCGAUGUGCUUGCCAUGCUGGAGCGUCUGGACGCACAAGUGGGUGAUUUGGAGGCGCGCACGCCACAAGCACGCGCACGGGUGCAAAACAGCAGCGCCUGGACCGUCAGCAGCAUAGGAGGCACGCUGGCAUCGGCUUUUGAUGCUAGAUUUGAGGACCUGGAUGGCGAUGGACGGCGGGACAUUGUCGUAGUCAGCUUUUGGGCUCGGGCGAUUGUGUGGUACCGCAGCCUGGGAGCGGGUGCUUUUCAAGGCCCCUUGACAAUCGCUGGAGACCUGUCGCAUGGCCCAAGAAAAUUGGCGGUCGCUGAUUUCGAUCAGGAUGGGCGCCCGGAUGUGGUGGCGACCAGCGAGGAGGGUGGCAGCCUCACAUGGUACCGCAACGAAGGAGGCAACCCCGCCCUCUCGUUUUCACCUCGGGCCAUUGUAAGAAAUGUGCUUGGGUCCUAUGCUGUGCAAGUUGCCGACGUGGAUGAAGAUGGCUGGCUCGACGUUGUGUGUGGCUUUCGUGGCGUGGGCCAUGUGGCCUGGUUCCGGAACGCUGGCAACGGCACCAUUUCACAGACGCCGCAUGUGAUUUCCAACGCCUUUGACACCAGUUAUGUCUUGGCGGUGGUUGAUCUGAACCAGGAUGGGCACGUGGAUGUGCUGUUCCCCGGCGAAAACGAUGCCACGGAGGUCCUGUUUGGUGAUGGCACUGGCAAUUUUACCGCGCAACCCUUCAACGCUGUACCUACAGGAAUUCACGCCCUGGCUGUCAGUGAUAUCAACCACGAUGGGCGCCCCGAUGUAGCAGUGGCCAGCUUUGCAGCCAAUCUAACGGUGUGGUAUGCUCAAGUGUCAAGCGGAGACCUGUGGGCGCCUCACGAGCUGCCAGGCACACUGUAUGGGCCGCGUGCGCUGGCGAUUGGCGAUUUGGACAAGGACGGGGCUAUGGAUCUGGUGGUGGGAGCUUAUAUUGAGAACCGGGUUGUCUGGUAUCGCAACUUGGGCCAGGGCACUUUUGAAGAUCCAAUCGAGCUGCUCAACAACACGAGCAGUGUGCGCUGCGUACUGGUGGAUGACAUGGAUGGUGACGGCGAUCUAGACGUCUUGGCUGCGUCUUACUCAGGCCAGGUCUUGGGUCUGGCUUUGAAUCCGCUGCGCCCGUAG